UGGAUGCUGGGCUGGCUAAUGUGCAAGACGGUUCCCUAUAUACAGGGUGUAUCGGUGGCAGCAUCUGUUUACAGUCUAAUAGCAGUAUCAUUAGACAGAUUCAUUGCCAUCUGGUGGCCCCUGCGUCAGCUGUCUAAAAGUCGUGCCCGUUUCAUGAUACUCUGCAUAUGGAUAAUAGCUUUUGGCACCACCAUACCCUGGGCCCUAUACUUUGAUUUAGUACCGGCAGCCGAAGCAUUUCCCUCCGCACCCGAUAUGUAUUUGUGCCAGGAGGUUUGGCCACCGGGUACCAGUGGAAAUCUAUAUUUUCUGUUGGCACAUCUGUUGGCCUGCUAUGUGUUGCCCAUGGUGUUGAUAACCUUGUGUUAUGUAUUAAUAUGGAUUAAAGUGUCAACGCGCUCUAUACCUGGCGAUACCAAGGAUGCACAAAUGGACCGUAUGCAACAAAAGUCCAAAGUGAAGGUUAUCAAAAUGUUAGUGGCUGUGGUUAUAUUGUUUGUAUUAUCCUGGCUGCCGUUGUAUGUAAUAUUUGCAAGAAUUAAAUUUGGUGGUGAGAUAUCCAUUGAGGAGAGUGAAAUCUUAAACAAGGUCACACCAUUUGCUCAGUGGCUGGGCUCGUCCAAUUCAUGCAUCAAUCCCAUAUUGUAUGCAUUCUUUAAUAAGAAAUAUAGACGAGGUUUUGCCGCCAUAAUCAAAUCACGCUCCUGUUGCGGCCGUUUGAGGUACUAUGACAAUGUUGCCAUUGCCUCUUCCACCACCAGCACCAGCCGUCGCAAAUCCUCCCACUAUCAACAUGGCUCCCGCAAAAGUCCCAGCAGUCCCGGUUUACGCAAAACCAAUGCGGUCUCUUACAUUUACGAGCACAACUCAUUGCGCCGCCACAACUUGAUGUGCAAACAGGACAGCAAUUUGUCGCAACAGAUGCUAUUGAAACAGGACUCACAUGGUUCGCGUCAAUAUCUCAUCAAACAGGAGAGCGCCUCCAGUGAUGGUUCUCGGCGUUUAUUGUGUCAGCAAGAUAGCAAUGGUUCGAAGGUGUCGCUGUCGAAACAGGAUUCUGUGGUUUCCUAUUAUUUGGAGAACAAACGUGCUGGUCACAAUCUUCAAGAUUCGUUUUCAACACAGGAUUCUAUAUCGGUUGAUUCACGACGCAACACUAUGACUCGCAGCAAUGAGAAUGGUUCGCCAGUGGUGGGUGGAGGCGCAUCGUUGUUGGAGCACAAGAGACAGAAGUUUGUGAAACAAGAUUCGGUUAUAUCGUUUGUUGAUCAAAGGCCGGAACCACGUCGCCAUCAAUUAGUCAAACAGGACUCGGUCAUUUCAUUUGCUGAUCAACGACGCAGUUUGUUAAAUAAACAAGACUCAAUUGUGGGAUGCUCCAGCCGGUCUGGAGAUGGCGCUGCUGGUCAUCAUGUCUCGAUCUUAAAGAAAACCGAUUCACAAUUAAGUAGUGGAAGUUUUACAUCACCACGUCGUAAUAUUGAAAUUUACGAAUAA